UAUUAUUAUUUUUCCCUCGCUCGUUUCGCGUGCCCCUCCUUCUUCCUCAUUCUCAUUCACGAUUUGGAUGCUCUAGCUGCCGCCCUUAGUUGCUUCUUUUCUUCUUUUCCGUUUAGUUGCUCCGACGAACGCCAACGCACCGUCGCGUCUCCGAUAGCCCAAGCCGCAGCGUCCAUUUCUUCCUUGCCGUCCGACUGCCUCCCGUCGUGGAGCGCGUUUCACGUCUUCUUCAGAUCUGAGCCGCGCGCGCGAGUUUUCUUUUCCAGUUGUUACGCGUUCCCCCUGCUUUCUCCCUCACCCAGUCGCGCACCUCCGUCCGAGCCACUCCUCUCUGUCCCGAUCUACGCGCAUAGAUUCCAGCUUUUCUAAGUCGCCGCUUCUGCCUUGCCACGAACUGUCGGAGUUUUGUUUGGUACCGUUUGAGGUUUGCCCCAGGGGAACAGGGAUUUCGAUUUUCAACUUAGCUAUGAAUCCCUUAACCCUAGUCAAACGCAUCCAGAAAAUAAAUUCUCAAGAGGCAGCGCUUGGGAUUUCUGAGGAAGCUUCAUGGCACGCCAAAUACAAAGAUUCCGCCUACGUUUUCGUCGGAGGCAUUCCUUAUGAUCUCACUGAGGGUGAUCUCCUCGCCGUCUUCGCCCAGUAUGGAGAGAUUGUAGAUGUCAAUCUUAUCAGAGACAAGGGUACAGGAAAAUCAAAAGGCUAUGCCUUUGUUGCAUAUGAAGAUCAGAGAAGUACAAAUCUUGCUGUAGAUAAUUUGAAUGGUGCACAGAUUCUAGGUCGGAUCGUUAGGGUUGAUCAUGUGUCUAAAUAUAAAAAGAAGGAAGAGGAAGAUGAAGAAGAAGAACAAAAAAAGAGGGAAGCUCGGGGUGUUUGUCGUGCCUUUCAAAGGGGUGAAUGUACUCGCGGAGCUGGAUGCAAAUUCUCUCAUGAUGAGCAGAGAGCUGCAGACACGGGCUGGGGGGCGGCAGAAGAUGCAAGUUCAAAAUGGGGGCAUGACAAGUUUGACAGUAGAAAAAAUCACGACAAAGAAUUACAUGCAAAAGGAAGGAAAACUAGUGAUAACUUAGGAAGACAUCCAAGGGAGACUAGUGGAAGCCUGAGGCAGGAAAAUAGACCAAGAGGUUGGGAUGAUAGUAAAGAAUCAGAGCUCAAGUCGAGAGAGGAUCAUGGUGGGAAAGAUGAGAAGAGAUCGAGAAGAUAUGAUCUUGAUGGCAAUUCUGAUCCAAAGUCAGGAGAUGAUCAAUAUAAAGGGGAAGAGAAAAGAUCUAGUAGGAACCACGAUGAUAACAGGAAAGACGAGAAAAGAUCGAGAAAACAUGACAAUGAUGAUGAGAUGAAAUUAGAAGAUGAUCGCUAUAGGAAGGAAGAAAAUAGGUAUAGAAGGAACCAAGACAAUGAACUCCCACAGCAUUCGAGAAGAGACUACAAAACAAGGGAAGAAGACAGAUCAUCAAAAAGGCACGGCGACAAAGAGUAUCCACCAAAGCUGAGGGAAGAUGAUAAAAGAAGGGAAAGAGAUGUAUCGGUAAGACAUCGCUCAGAAUCAUAUAGGAGGGAAAAUCCAGAUGAGAAAAGAGAUUAUCGUUCCUCUCAUGGUGGUAGAGAUUCUUCAUCACAUUCUCAUAGAGAAAGAAACGAGGACCGUCGUAGAUAAAAUGAACGAUUACACAAUGUAUCAUCAUGGUUAGUCCUAUCAUGCUAGGUUCCAACACUAUUGUAGAACAUAACUUGUUUUAUGGCCUGUUUUGUUUCCUUGUAUUGUAUUAGCAACUUUUUUUUAGCCCCACUACUUGUACUAUCAAAGUAGGUAGUAACUCUUUACCGUGGAAAUCUCAUUGAGUAGAAACUUUUACAUGCUAA